AUGGAAGGUACUACCAUCGGUCCUGGGGGGAGGAGGGAAGCUAUCAGAGGAAAGCACCAUUCUGUAUCACGGGGGUGUGCAAAAAUCUUAUUGACGCAUUUUAUCCCUCGCCAAACGGCGGGCUACCACUGCUAUAAUUACGCAGUUUUCAUAGUUCAAAAUCUAGAUCUGAUGAAAAGCCGAGCUUGUGUGAAGUGUACUGGACAGACGCCCAAUCCUUCCGAAAAUUUGGCAGCUCGGAGAAGAAAAGUAGAGAAGAAAAAAAUAUUUAUCAAAAUGCCAAGUGGGAUAGACAGCGAAUCUGAAUCAGAAAAAGAAGUUGAAGAUUCCACCCUCAUGUCCAGAAAAGCCCUUUAUAAAUCAGGGGUCCCUCAGCUGGAGAUCCCAUUUGCAGUACAGAAUGUCAUCUCUAGGAUUGAGCAAGCACAGCUUUAUCGAGCCAGAGAGGACAUUAACAUGCAGCUGACUGACAUAAUGCUCAAUGUGCAGCGGAUAAUAAAUCGCUACACUCUUGAUGAGAACGUGCACUCUGGAAGAAAAAUCUCCCUUACAGAAUAUAAGAAACGGAGAGGAAAUUUCCUGGAGAAAAUAGUUACUUAUGCUAAGAAUGCUGAAAUUAGAGAAAAGACUCUUGUGUACAUCCUGGCCUGGUUGGAAGAAUGGAAUGCCAUUUUGUCUGAGAUGACUGCAGUGGACAUUGAGGAACACCACCACUGGAUAGCACAAAUGGAGUUUUUACCAGAAACGUUCAAAGCUAUUGAGAACAAUGUCAAGAUACUGAGUAGAAUUAGUGUAUCUUUGCUUGAAGAAAAGAAGAGACAACAGAAAAAAAUAACAUCUAGAGGUACUCUAUGGAAAUCUUGGAAAGAAAGAGUUAUAAAGCGACCUGCAACUGCUCAUGCUUUAAGACCAGAUCAGAUAAUUAGUGAUGAAUUUGCAACAAAUACAAAGGUUUCAGAAAUCCAAGAUAUGCUACAGGAACUCAUAAACACUACGAUGUUCAAUAAAUUGGAAAACAAUGCUAUUAAAUAUAUAUCAUCAACGAUAAUAAACCUUUCCAAAGCUUUGAGUAUACUAAAUGAUGAACUAAAAGUUUUUAACCUCCAGAGUGCCAAUAUGUAUAUAAGUGAGACAAGUGAAAAAGAAAAAGAGCUCUCCCUGAAGAUAAUGCGAGAGCUCAGUGAAAAAAAUGAAAUGCUUCAGCAGAAACUUCAAGAUGCAGAAGAAAAAUAUGAACAAUUUAUUCGGUCCAAAGGUGUUGUAGAACCCCGAGUAGGUACAGCAUUACCCACCUCAACCUUGAAAGUGUUGCCUGAGCUUUCUUCACAAUCAUCCAGUAGCAAAGCUGACACAGAAAACAGUAUUGAUGAUAUUUUGGUUAAAGAAUUGGAAAAUAUUAUAGAUGAGACCCAAACAAAAGAGACCAAAGGCCUGGGGAUCAAGUGGGACUCAGCUAUUUCAUAUAUAGCCCCAGCUGAAAUGACUCCAGGUUUAAUUGAAGAGCGAUAUCCUUUACUUGAAAAAAAAACAAAAGAGUCUUCUGAAGAUAUCACUGAAGAUAAGAUAUCACUGAAGAAAGGUGAUGUCUAUCAAAAAGAUGGGACUGACCAGUAUCAAUCACAGAAUAAACAGCGAACUAAAGGCCCAUAUAUGCAUGAGACCUCUGGAUUAAAUGUGAGUGAUGAUAAAGGUAAGGAGAGAGACUCAGAGACCAAACUUGAUUACCAUUUGGAGCUACAAUCACUGGAAAAGAAGAGAAAAGAAAUAAAAUCCAUUUCUGAAGACAAAUCAAAGUCAUCCACUGAAUCAAGAAGUCAACAUGUUCCUGCUGGUUACCCUUCUACCGACACAAAAAGCCAAGGUGGCAGAAGUGGAACAAGCAGUAUAUGGGAACAAUUCAGGAAGCUCAAGCCUGAGUAUUCACGUGACAAAAGCCAGAUUUCUUCAGAGAAUAAAGAGGAACCCACCACUGAGUCAAUGGACAAAGAGAGCAAAAGUGAGACGAGCAGCCAAGCAGAGCAAUUCGGGUUAACCCAACUUGGUUAUUCCUCUGAGAAAGUGAAAACAAAAGGAAAGAAACACCACGUCACUUCAGAAACCACCACAAGCAAACAGAGAAAAACUGAAGAGGACAUAUUAGUCCUCACCAAGAAAGUCAAGUCUCACGGACUUGUGAAGCCAAAAUCUAGGGUAACAGAAGAGACUUCAGAAUCUACCAGAGUUCUGGGAAGUCCAGAUGGCAAAAGUGAAGAGAGUAACCUAGAAGAAUUUCAAAAAGCCAUAAUGGCUUUCCUAAAAGAGAAAAUUGAUAACAUAGGAAAGCCUUUGGAUAAAAAGACUGUGCCAAAAGAGGAGUUAUUAUUAAAAACGGCAGAGGUUGAAAAAUUAGGAAUCAUAAAGGCAAAAAUAGAGGAAUAUUUCCAAAAUGUGGCUGAAACUGUGACAAAAACCUUGAGGAAAUACAAAGAUAUAAAAAGUGCAGGACAAGUGGGAGAGAAACCUAUGAAACGAAAAAAAGAAGUCUCAUUUAUGCCAGGAUUGCAUUUUCAGAAGCCCAUUAGUGCAAAGACUGAAAUUAGCACAUUACUGUCAUCUAAGAGCAUGGACCCACUAACUGACAAUUUAAUACAAAUGAUCUUGACUGAGAUAGAAGGGGAAAGAGAUGCUCCAGUAGCCUCAACAGUAGGGAGAGACCACAAGGAAGAGGAAAAACAAAGGCGGGAGGAACAUUUGCAAGAAGGUCAAGAAAAAAUAUUUGGUAAGGGUCUCAAACACCAGUUGCAAGAAGGGAGUUUCUGGAAGAAGGGCUAUGAGAUGAUAAAUAAAAAACUGCUGGAGGAAGAGUCAUGGCUCCAGAUGAAGGAAGGAAAGCAAGGACAACAGAAGCAGAAACAGAGGCAGGAAGAGGAAAUGCGGAAGGAACAGCAGAAACAGAGGAUGCAAAAGCAGACUGAGCAAGAUGAGGAGCAAACACAAAGAGAAGAGGAAGAAGAUUAUCAGAAGUUAAAACAGCAGCAGCUGGAAGCAUGGAAUCGAAAAAUGGAAAAACAAGCGGUGUCCCUGGAGAAGGAGAAGGGACAGCAGAAGAGGCAUGUUCAGAAGGAAAUGAGACAUCAGGAGCUGGAAAUAAAUUGGGAGAAAGAGGAGAAGCAAAGGCCAAGGAGAAACGUAGAGGACCAUGAAAGGCAGAGGCAGAAAAAAACAAAGGAUCAGAUGAAGAUAAAUGAGAAAAACUCCGAAGAACAUGAAAAGAUGUUCAGCCAAACUUCAAUGACAUUGUAUCCCCGGUGGAACACCAUAUCAAAAGUAGCAUCCCAAUUACACCAAAGAAAAGAGUUCCAUGGGCAUCUUAAGGCAUUAGAUAUUCUUGCUGAUGGAAAGCAGCCUAUACCAACCACUCCUCCCUCUACACAAUCACCCUCACCUGAGGCCCUUCCACUUUCUGGACAGUAUCCCACAAAGUUCCUCACUCUAACUCCUCAGCAGGCUCAGGCACUGGGGAUCACUCUCACCCCUCAGCAGACUCAGGCACAGGGGAUCACUCUCACCCCUCAACAGGCUCAGACACUGGGGAUAACUCUCACCCCUCAGCGGGCUCAGGCACAGAGGAUCACUCUCACCCCUGAGCAGGCUCAGGCACAGGGGAUCACUCUCACCCGGGAGCAGGCCCAGGCACAGGGGAUCACUCUCACCCCUGAGCAGGCUCAGGCACAGGGGAUCACUCUCACCCCUCAGCAGGCUCAGGCACUGGGGAUCACUCUCACCUCUGAGCAGGCUCAGGCACUGGGGAUGACUCUCACCCAUGAGCAGGCUCAGGCACUGGGGAUCACUCUCACCCCUCAGCAGGCUCAGGCACAGGGGAUCACUCUCACCCCUCAGCAGGCUCAGGCACUGGGGAUGACUCUCACCCCUCAGCAGGCUCAGGCACUAGGGAUCACUCUCACCCCUCAGCAGGCCCAGGCACUGGGGAUCACUCUCAGCCCUCAGCAGGCCAAGGCACAGGGGAUGACUCUCACCACUCAGCAGGCUCAGGUAGAGGGGAUCACUCUCACCCCUCAGCAGGCUCAGGCACUGGGGAUCACUCUCACCCCUCAGCAGGCCCAGGCACUGGGGAUGACUCUCACCCCUCAGCAGGCUCAGGCACAAGGGAUCACUCUCACCCCUCAGCAGACCCAGGCACAUGGCAUCACUCUUACUCCUGAGCAGUUCAAAGCACUGGUGGUUACCCUCACCCCUGAGAAAUGCCAGAGCUUGGGUUUCACCCUCAGCCCUGGGAAAGUUGAGGCAUGGGGGUCUCCUCUCACUGUUGCACAGGCCUGGGAAUUGGGGGUUCCUAUUACUCUAGAAAGUGCCCCAGCAUCUGCUCCUAUUGCUGAGAAGUCCUCUGUAUUUGAGGUCUCUUCUACUCCUUUGCAGAUAUCAGGGUCUCCUCUUUCCCAAGACCCUGGGAAAUUGCUAGGAAUGAGAAUUCUUUCUGACCCUGGGAAGCUCCUGGCACCACAGACUUUUCCUUCCUCUAAACAGACCCUGGUUUCUGAAGGUCAAUCCACCUCUGUUCAGUUUGUAGCACCAGAGGUCCCUCUGUCCCCUGGGAAGCUUGCAUUGGAGACCCUUCUUAGUUCUAGAAAGUUCUUAAGAGACUCUUGGACCCCUCAGCUACCUCUGAUAUCAGAGGCCCCUCUUGCCCCCAGGCAGCCUCUUGUAUCUGGAGUCCCACUCUCCUCUGCACAGAUUCCCAGUCUCUUGGCUCCUCUUUCCCCUAGGAAGCCCUUGGUUUCUGGGACCUCUUCUGUCCUGGAAUCUAGACCCUUAACACUCUCUGAGCAGCCCCAGGCAUUCCAGCCCCCUCCUACCUAUGAGCAAUCUCUCUAUCUACAAGUUCCUUCUACUCUUGGGCAGCAUCACGCUUCCCCACUGUGGAUCCCUCCCACCCCUGGGCAUCCUCCAACACUAUGGACCCCCCCAAUCCCUGGGAAGCCCCAGAAAGAUAUGUCCUCUUCUAUAUCUAAGAAAAGUAAGGAAAGAUUGGCAAUUAUUUCUUCUCUGAAAUCUAAAUCAGUCCCUUUUACUGCUAAGGACUUCCAAAUAUCAGAGGUCUCUGACACUUCUGAAGAAAUCCAGACAUGCCAUGAUCCUACUGCCAUGGAACAAUUGAGAACAUUUCAGUCCUAUCUCACCGAUUGCAGGACACCAGUAUCACAAACCCCUUACAUUGGUGGGAGGGCCCUUCCCCCUCUCAUGAAGCCUCUUACUACUAAACUACCCGAAACGUCACAAAUUUCACCUUCUGAAUGGGAUCAGAAAACCCAGUUCCCCCCUAUAGACAAGUCCUGGAUACUGACUUCAGAUUCAGUUACCAAGAAACCUAAGAUGAUGGUGUCCCCUUCCUCUCCCCAAGAGCUCAAAGAACAGAGGUAUUUUGUUGAUGUGGAAGCUCAGAGAAAGAACCUGAUACUCUUAAAUCAGGCCACAAAAUCUUCUAGACUGCCUUCACAGCUACACGCAACAGCUAGGAAUCUCAUAAUUGAAACACUUCAUAUGGACACAGUUCGGCUGGGAUACCUAUUUCGCAAGUACAUUGCUUACAGGCUGAUCCAGCGAGCAAGAAACAACAUAAUCAGACGAUUACAAGCCAUCCAAAACACUGGGAAAGGUUAUGAGACCCAGAAACUCUUCAUAAUGCUGAGCAGAAUUGAUGACUACCAGAAAAAGAUGAUGCAGGUCUGGACCAACAAGCAGAAGUCUUUAGAGCAGAAACGGAAUCAGUGCCUGGGGAAAAUGAUGUUCUUAUUUAGCCAGCUUCAAGGGAUGUAUAAAUUGAGUCUUAGUCAACCUAUCCCUUUGAUCAUCGACAAAAAGCAGAUACCUGCCUCUACCAAAUUUGUCCAACAGCCAUUCCUAGAGCUGCUAAUAGAAGAUGACAGAAAGUCUGACACAUUCAAGAAAUUUCGACAAAAAGACCAAAUAGGAGCUAUCUGGAAUGCUGAUCUGUCAACUUCAAGCUACCCAAUAACAGAGAAGAUAUCAAUAAAUUCGCUCUGGGCCCAGCUGGGUGGGUACCCAGAUAUUCCUAUGCUACUCCAGUUAGAUGUUCAGUCUACCUUCAGAAAAUCUCUUGCAUCCAUUAAAUCACAGUUUAAGAAGAUUCCCAAGUGA